GAAUCAAUCAAUCAAUUCAUUACUAGAGGGCUCUUAAAGAUACGAAGUAUGAUCGAGAAAUUAUUGUCCUAGGUGAAUACUGAAUAGUGCGUAGCAUAUCAUCCGGAGUACUAAUGAUCGAUGAAAUUUAUCGAUCAAUCUCUUGUUUAUCCGAUAAAUAACGACCGGGUAACGGCACAGGCGUAACAGAUCCCAAUUCCUAACUACCGACCGCUCUAUCGAGUGUGGAGCUUCCCUCUCCGGCGCGUUCAUUGCUACUCCGUCUGCUGUGCAUCUCGCCCCUUCCUGAUAUAAGUCGUCUCCCAAUUCCCCAUAUUUCUUCUGCCUAUUGCCACUUCUCUUGUCCACGCGAUCUUCCUCAGGGAGAUGAGCUUGUUUGGUUGUUGACUGUUAUCUUGGAGGAUGUUGUGAUGGGCGUUUACAAGCACAACAAUGAACUCUUCCCUGAGAGAAGAGGUAUAUCUGUGGUUUUAUCAAAACCACUGGACUCUCGUAGAGGUCGAAGACUCCGUAGAAUUUGCAAACGAAGUUUAUUUCUUUGGGUGCUUCUGCUAGUUGUACUGUUCUCUAUCUAUUUGAUAGUUUUUGGAUUGAAGAUGCACUCCCAUGGUGCGUUGCAAGAUGAUAAUUCAUCUCUGGUAGAUGUACAUGAAGAAGUUCCCGUGUUUAAUGUUUCAGAUCAAAUGAGGAAGAAACCCCGGAGGCAGAAGUUUUUCCCUUGCGGGGUAGCAUUCAGAGAUUCAGUAGAUUAUGUUAUCGAUCCCAAUGAUUCGGUAAACUUCACUAACUUCUCUUUGGAUUACAUUCAAAGAGAAGACAGGAUCUCCCAAAAUGAUGCUUUUGAUCUGGGUUUUGGUGGACACCAGACCCUUGAAGAUAGAGAAAAAUCAUUUCUUGCCAUCAACCAAACAAUUCAUUGUGGUUUUGUUAAAAGUGGUGAAGGUAGCACUGGAUUUGAUUUGGGUGAGAAUGACAAGGGAUACAUGAAUGCAUGCAAAGUUGUUGUAUCAUCGUGCAUCUUUGGCAGCUCAGAUUUUUUAAGAAGGCCAACCAGUAAACUGAUGAGUGAAUAUUCCAAGAAGAAUGUCUGUUUUGUAAUGUUUGUUGAUGAGGGAACUCUUACAAAGCUGUCAGCAGAAGGAAACGUGCCAGAUGAGGGAGGAUAUAUUGGACUAUGGAAGAUAGUUACUGUCAAAAACUUACCAUACAAAGAUAUGCGGAAAACUGGAAAGGUGCCAAAAUUUUUAUCUCAUCGCCUCUUCCCUUCUUCUAGGUAUUCUAUUUGGCUUGAUAGCAAGCUGCGACUAACAACUGAUCCAAUGCUGAUUAUUGAUCACUAUUUGUGGAAAACCGGGUCAGAGUAUGCCAUUUCUAAUCAUUAUACUAGGCAUUGCGUGUGGGAAGAGGUGCUCCAGAACAAGAGACUGAAUAAGUAUAACCACACUGCUAUUGAUGAACAAUUCAACUUUUACCAGGCUGAUGGGCUCACCAGAUUUGACCGUUCUGACCCUAAUACCCCUCUUCCUAGUUAUGUCCCGGAAGGUUCGUUUAUAGUCCGGGCCCACACGCCAAUGUCGAAUUUAUUUUCGUGCCUUUGGUUCAAUGAAGUGGACCGUUUUACAUCACGCGACCAACUUAGUUUUGCAUAUACAUUCUUGAAACUGAAGAGGAUGAAUCCAGACAAACCGUUCCACUUGCACAUGUUUAAGGACUGUGAGCGUAGGUCACUUGUGAAGCUAUUUCACCACAGGACGCCAUCAGCUCCUCUUCUUUCCCAAUGAAUAGACGAACUUCUGAGAAGCGGAAGUGACUCAACAGGUCACUUUUGAUUCAACCACGCAAGACUAUAACUUCCUUGACAACGUCUUUCAAUUUAUUUGGGUAGCCUGCAGGUGGGGAUGUAUAUGAGGGAUUCGAUUUAGCUUGAUAGUCCAAUCUUAGGACCUGUACAAUGUAGAUUCUUACAGUUUUGUACAUUAGAAACUUCUGCAUUAUUUUUAUGCUUAUCAUAAUGUGAAUAAAAAUGCCCUCAUUAAUUUGCUGCU